GCUGAUGGGAGAUGUGAGGAGCUGUUAGGACCACGUGGCCCUCGUCUGAUCUCACAGCUCGUCCUUGUUUGGCCUCAGCUGCAUCAGAGCUCCACUUCUCCCCAGGUUCCCCACAGGAAACACCACUGAACAAAAUGCUUCUCCUCCCAGCUGCUGCUCUGUGCUGUCUGGGUUCAGCGCUGGCUGCCAUGGCAACACAGCUGAUUCAGGAGGAUUUAACAUUGACCAGGAGAGUUGGUAGAUACGUCUCCUUCAGCUGUCGAGGCACUGAGCUGUGUGACAGUAGUUAUGUAUACUGGUUCCAGAAGAGAGACACAGAAACAUUCACAAGGAUUCUGCGUAUUCAUAAGAUUAAUGGUGAAGUUUCUUUAGGCUACAAUCAUCCUCAGGAAGAUGAUUUCUCAGCUGUGAAUAAACAGAACGGCUGGGCUUUGCAGAUCCAGAAAGUUAAACUCGAUCAUUCAGCCUCCUACUACUGCACCUGUUGGAAGGAUUACUCCUACAACUUUGGCUCUGGAACUAAACUGGUUGUAACAGAUGAGCCGGUAGUGAAGCCCGUGGUGAGCGUGUACCCAGCAGCACCCAGAGCCCCCCUGGAGGGGAAGAGCUCCCUGCUGUGUCUGGCCUCAGCCAUGUUUCCUCCUCUGGUCCAGUUCUCCUGGAAAAGACGAAGGGAGGACGGUCCUCUGGAGGAGCUGCCCCCUGCUGAGGGAGAGCAGCUGGAGAUCAGAGAGUCGGGACGCACCGCCGCCAUCUUGCUGAUCCAUCAGCAAGAGAACAGCAUGUAUAAAUACCGCUGCUACGUCCACCAUGAGGGGGGGACAGUGGAGGCCCAAACAGAACAAGAAGUUUCUACUCUUCCUCCAUCACCUUCAUCUCCUCCAUCAACUCCAUCUCCUCCUUCAACUCCAUCACCUCCAUCUCUUCCAACAGCUUCGGUCCCGUCUCAGUACCAAGUGAAGUUGUUCUGUCUGCUGUACACACAGCUGAUAGUGAAGAGUCUGGUGUUCUGCUGUGGACUCUCCCUGCUGAUGAUCCUCAGAAACAAGAGACCGUCCACCAACUGAAAACGUGCCGACUGAUUUCUGCUCAUCAAUUCAUCUCCUUUAUACUUUGA